UAUUUGGUAGAUUCUAAAGAUUAAUUCAUUUUCAAAGCUGAGGAUCGACUUUUGGUUGUUGUUAUCUUCAAGAAUACUAAAGCCAGAGGACUCUGCUUUCCAAUGACUGACGUCACCUUACAGACAGCUGGCAGCCGGGAGAGGGACCGCUGCCACACUCUUCACAUAUCUCUCUAUUUAAAGUUCAAAGAGACGCAGGAUAACAAUAAGGAAGAGGUGAGUGUGGCCCUGACCAAGCCACUCCACAGCAGGAAUAAUGGCUGAGAAAGAGGCUAGCUUGGCCCGCUUUGUAGUGCCUGUCCUUCUCCUGAUUGGCUGGAUUGUGGGCUGCAUCAUAAUGGUUUACGUUGUCUUCUCUUAGAAAGGCAUGAAGACAGCAGACCGAUGUGAUUUAGAAGAAUUAAGAGACAUGCAAACACAACUAGUUGUUGUCUCACAUUAAAUAAGAACAGUGUUUGACACUAGUCUACAAGCUUGGAUUAUGAAUCUCUUCAGCAUCCUGUUCAAAAUUCCAAGUACAAAUAAGAACUGUAAGAAAAUAUGAGUGGAUUUCUGUACUGAUUGAGCAUAGGCAAAAUGUAUUAACUAUGACUAAAAAUAAAUAAGCAAUCCAACAAAA